GGUGGGCGGCCCGUCGGGGUGCGGGAAAUCGACGUGGACGCGCGGGUUGUUACGUCACGCCGACGAACUGAUGCACCCGCCUCCUCGGGUGAAACAUUAUUGUUACGCGGCCUGGCAACCGACCUUGACGAGAUGAAACAAGAGAAGGUCCAGUUUCACAAAGGACUGCCCACGUCGGAGGAGUUGGACCAAUGGUUCGGUCCCACGCAAGGGGGACUCUUGGUAUUGGACGAUCUCAUGGACGAAGGCGCCAACGACAAACGCGUGUUGGAUCUCUUUUCCAAGCACUCGCAUCAUCGGAACAUUAGCGUCCUGUUCUUAUGCCAGGAUCUCUUCCCGCCCGGGAAAUUCGCCAAGACCAUUUCGUGCAAUGCGCAUUACAUCGUGGCGUUCAAGAACCCGCGGGAUCAAGUGGGCAUGCGCACGUUGACCCUGCAAGCCUUUCCCAACGACUGGUCGCACGUGAUGAACAUCUUUCGCGAAUGCACUCAACGCCCGUUUGGCUAUUUAAUGCUGGACUUGCAUCCCGCGUCAGACGAUCGGUACCGUCUCUUCACCAACGUGUUACCGGAGGAAGGACCGACGGAGACCUAUGAACGCCAAGCAUGAGUCGACGGACCACGCCCUCGUCCGACGAGUUUGGGGACGAUCUGAAUUUCGACGUAUUGACCUGGGAGAAUGAACUGGCGCGAGAACAGGCGCGACAAGCGCGGAGACGCCAGGGAGGUCGGUAACGGGACUUAUCGGAACGUCUGGAAGGGCACACCACGCCUUUGGCCGUGGGCGUCGGACGGUCCCCCCUCGUCACGCCGAUGGGGGUACGGGAUGCCUUGCAACGGGCCAUGGACCUCUCGGGCAUCCCCACGGCUCCGCCGGCCGGGGUAGGCGUCGCGCCCAAUGUGACGUCGUCGAGUGCGGACAUGCCCAGCGUGGCGGCCAUCCGGACCGCGGCCCGGGACUUGCCGUCGCCCACGUUUAGUCCCAGACAAAUCGGCGUCAUGGAACGGAUUCUUCGAAACGAGGUACCCGAAGACGAAAUCGAUGCCCUGUUGAACUCGGUGGGGCUCGAGUUUAACAGUUUGACUGAUUACAUCGCCGAACGCCCCCCGUCGCCCGCACGCCCCCCGCCGCCCGCGCUCACGGCCCAACAAAUCGACGUCAUGGAACGGAUUGCCCGAGGGAAUUUUCGACCCGGGCAGAUCGAGGAGCUGUUGAGGUCCGCGGGUCUCACCAAGGACCAAUUGCGCGACUAUGUCAUCAACCGUCCCGCGACCCCCCGGACCCCUUCACCACCCCGGGCGCCGCGAGGGCGCGGCCGAGGUCGAGGUCGAGGUCGAGGCCGAGGCCGGGGACGCGGCGGGGUGCCACCCGGAGGAGGUGGCGGGGGCGACGACGAUGGAGGCCCCCCCUGGGGUGGUGGUGGCGGCGGCGGUGGAGGAGGGGGCCGUCGUGGCCGUGGCCGUGGGCGUGGCCGCGGCACCCCCCUCGACGACGAGCGCGCAUGAAUCAAGACGAAUUGCGACGACAGAUGGAUCUGUUGGCCGAAGAUGCCCGUCAACGGUCCGUGGGGCGCCGCAUUGCCGGCAUCACGCAUACCAAUACCGUCACCACAGUCUACAAGGAUGGAGGAGAACCCGAAGUCUAUCGCACGUCCUCGCGUUUGUCCACCCCCAACACGGUAUAAAAAAAGCACGGAGACGUCCUGGGACGACCAAACGUCCAGAUGCCACGACGGAAACGACGCGCCCGUCGUCGACGAUCGCAACGAGGCGGCGUGUCGCCGGGACUCAUCACGGGGAUUUUCAAGACGGCCCAUAAGACCACCAAAGCCAUUGGGGAGCGUCAACAAAAAACGCCGAAAAGAUCAGUCAAAAACGAAGAGCCGAGGUGGCGAGUGGCAAGCGCAAAAAGUACGCGGGGGAAUCGUUCAACUGCCCCAUCAUGUGACGUUAUAAGAAGACCAGGCGACGCUGGGGGCGCUAUCACACGGCAUCAUGGUUCGACGCCGACGACGACGCAUCAGUUACCGACGCCGCCGACGCCACUACCAACGAGGGGGGAUUUUACCCUUUCUCAUUCCUCUAGGCCUCUUAGCCGCCAAAGCCGCGGCGGCAGGCGCCAUUAGUGGCGGCGUGGGGUAUGGCGUGAAGAAAGCCCUUCCUUCCGAGGAAGACGAUGAGAGAACCUAUAAAAACACCAUCGGGGUCGGGUCCCGUUCCAUUGACGACAUGGUCCGACGCGGUCGGAGACGACGACGACGACGACGACAACGAGGGGGCAUUUUACCCUUUCUCAUUCCUCUGCUUGUCGCCGGCGGCAAGGCCAUUGCGGCUGGGGCGGUGAGUGGCGCCGCGGGGUACGGGGUCAAGAAAGGCUUGGAGGCCGCCACGCGCAAGAAACGCGUGGGGAAAAUCUCUUGGAAGCAGGCGCAGGCCAACCAGUGCCUGGUUCGUAACAUGCGCAACCGAAUGUUAAAGAUGGGUGGGUUCAAGUAACCCUAUAAAGACCCCCUGGACCGUCGACCGUAGGAGGACACCAUGGUGCGACGCUUACAACGACAACUGCCGUUUUUACGGAGCGUGUUGCGCGAAGCCGACCAGCAGGUGAGACGGGAACGAUUGCAGCACGCCAAUGCCGAUCAAGUCAAUGCCAUCAGUGAGUUGGUGAUGAACACCUUGAAAGGGAAUGUGACCGUCCCGCCUCGACUCUUGGAUCAGUUGCGUCCGCACAAGCAGGCCUUGCGCGACAUGGCGCGUCGCAAACAUUCCAUAAAACGGCGACGGCAAGUCAUGAUGGCUCAAACCGGGGCGGGCAUGUGGCACGCCUUGGAUCGCGUGUGUCGUCAUUGCCUGUCAGGAUGAGUCACGGACCGUACCAGAAAAAGUACCUGGUGUCCCCGGCGGACAUGGAGCGGUUGGUGGAACAAUACAAAGGCACGUUGAUGGUGAAUUCGCGGUUGACGCAUGCCGCGCGGUUGGCGGCCAAACAACACGUCUUACUGGCCUCCCCCGAGAUCCCGCCGGCCACCAAAAAGAUCCGCGUCAAGGCCCUGGGACCCGCGGUACGUCGAGCCACCAGACGCGUGCGGACCAUGUCGUUGCCGGGGGCCGGAGGCGCGGUAGCGGGGGCCGACGACGACGACGAGUUUGCUCAAGGACCCAUGGAGACCUUCUUGAAAACGCUUAUAAAAAGCAGCACUCCCCAACCCAAGGCCACACCC